AAAUAUUGAAGAUAGUUAAUAAUCUUAAAAGUGCUCCCAAACCUAGGCUUGUUUUAGAGGAACUUGAGGAUGACACAUCAAUACCUUCUCACAGAAUGGGGGCCAAAGGAUGUUUUUUGGGAAGUGUGCUAGCUAUAUGUGGGGUGGAGCAGGAACAGAGGUCUGAAAACAUUGUUGAGGGGAUAAAUGAAAGGGUAGAAGAGAUGGUUGAGAAUGUAUCUAAAGUGCCACUUUCCACUGAUGGAGUUGUGAAUGAUGUUGAGAAUGGGAAAUGGGGAUUUGUUGAGAGCCUGAAUUCUGAUAUGCCUUUUUCAUCAUAUGGGGGUGUAAAUGGGAAAUGGGGCUUUGAUUCUUUAAAUGGGUGGAGAAAUGCAAAGUUAGAUGUCAAUUUGGAAGAUAUGGCCAACAUGAGGUUAAAUGAGAAUUGGGACUUUGUUGUAGAUAAUAUGGGGAAUGAUGCUGAGGAAGGGGAUACCCCUGAUGGGACUGAAAAAGACACAUGUGACAGAGUUAUACUUGAAGCUGCAGAUGAAGGUUUAGUUGAGAAUGAAGACAUGCAUAGGGAAGUGUCCAAAGAGCAAGUUCCAAUUGAGGAUGAUGAUGAUGAUAAUCUAUACGAUGAUGAAUAUUCUAUAGAGCUAUAUAGUCACUACAUAAACCCUGUGAACAUGAUGGAAAUGUGGCCCAAAGAUGAAGAUGGACCUCAUGUCAUCCCACCAGCAGACCCACCUAAGAAGAAGGAAAAACGGAGGGCAAGGAGGAAACAACCAGAAGAAGUUGAGGGAGGAAAUGAUAAAGAAAAUGUGCAGCCUCAAUCACAUUGUGAUGCACCUACAACAAGAGCAUGUGGUACUGUGAAGUUAAGCAGGAAGGGAAAUGUCAAAAUGAAGUGCACUGUAUGUGGCAAAUUGGGCAUAACAAAAGGUCACAUGCGCAGAAGGAUACAACAGCUUCAACACAGCAGGGCUGCAACGCUUGGACUCUGUGAAAAUAUAAUAAGUGAAGAGGCUGCUCAUGGGAAUCCUAUUAGGCAACGACUCUUGGUUGUGGCAAAUAGGCUGCCAGUCUCGGCAGUGAGGAAAGAUGAUGGUUCUUGGGCAUUGAAGAUUAGUGCCGGCGGUCUUGUUACUGCUCUUCUUGCGAUUGUUGAUCUGCAUUACAAUGGUUACUGCAACGAUAUAUUAUGGCCACAUCUCCAUUAUCUUGGACUUCCACAAGAGGAUCGUCUUGCAACAACCAGGACUUUCCAGUCCCAGUUUGAUGCAUUCAAAAGAGCAAAUCAGAUGUUUGCUGAUGUAGUGAAUGAACAUUAUAAAGAUGGUGAUGUUGUUUGGUGUCAUGACUACCAUCUCAUGUUCCUCCCAGAAUGUUUAAAGAAGAACAACAGCAAAAUGAAAGUUGGUUGGUUUUUGCAUACACCAUUUCCUUCUUCAGAAAUCCAUAGGACACUGCCCUCUAGAUCAGAACUGCUGCGUGCACUUCUUGCUGCUGAUUUGGUUGGCAUCCUUGGGCUUGAAGGUACACCUGAAGGAGUAGAGGAUCAAGGGAGGCUUACCCGUGUAGCUGCGUUUCCGAUUGGGAUAGACCCAAACCGCUUCAUUCGAGCAGUUGAAUCACCCCAAGGGCAGACACACAUGAAUGAUUUGCUGCAGCAAUUUGCAGGGAGAAAGGUUAUAUUAGGGGUUGAUAGACUUGAUAUGAUCAAAGGAAUUCCCCUGAAGAUACUAGCAUUUAAAAAGUUUCUCGAGGAAAAUCCAUAUUGGCGGGAUAAAGUGGUUUUGCUGCAAAUUGCUGUGCCCUCAAGAACAGAUGUUCCUGAAUACCAAAAAUUGACCAGUCAGGUCCAUGAGGUUGUUGGACGCAUCAAUGGGAGAUUUGGAACUAUGUCUGAUGUUCCCAUUCACCAUUUGGAUCGAUCUCUUGACUUUCAAGUUUUAUGUGCACUCUAUGCUGUUACUGAUGUUGCACUUAUCACAUCUUUACGUGAUGGAAUGAAUCUCGUCAGCUAUGAGUUUGUGGCAUGCCAGGCAUCAAAAAAGGGGGUUCUUAUUCUUAGUGAAUUUGCAGGUGCAGCCCAAUCUCUGGGGGCUGGAGCAAUCCUUGUUAAUCCAUGGAACGUCGCAGAGGUUGCUGCUUCUAUCAAACAAGCAAUUGAAAUGUCAGCUGAAGAACGUGAAAAACGUUACAUGCAUAACUAUAUGCAUGUGACCACCCAUACUUCUCAAAAAUGGGCUGAAACUUUUGUGAGUGAAUUAAAUGACACUGUUUUUAAAGCUCAGCAAAGUAUAAAAGCAGUCCCACCACAACUAAACUCCAGUGAUGCAAUUGACCGCUACUUGCAGUCCAAAAACAGAUUUCUCAUAUUGGGUUUCAAUGGUGUGCUAACAGAAAUAGUGGAUAGCCCCGAAAGAACAGGCCGUGAUCAAAAUAAUGAUAUGAAGCUUAAGUUGCAUCCCAGUUUGAAUGGACCUCUAGAAGCAUUGUGUAGGGAUCCAAAGACAACAAUUGUUAUCCUCAGUGGAAGUGACCGAAGUGACUUAGAUGCUAACUUUGGUAAGUAUGACAUGUGGUUGGCAGCAGAACACGGGAUGUUUCUUCGAUCUACAAACGGAGAAUGGAUGACUACAAUGCCAGAACUUCUAAACAUGGAUUGGGUUGACAGUGUAAAGCAUGUAUUUGAGUAUUUCACCGAAAGGACUCCUAGAUCCUAUUUCGAAAUGCACGAAACUUCACUUGUUUGGAAUUACAAGUAUGCAGAUGUUGAAUUUGGGAGGUUGCAAGCUAGAGAUAUGCUGCAGCAUCUCAGGACAGGCCCAAUUUCUAAUGCUUCUGUGUAUGUGGUACAAGGGCACCAUUCUGUUGAGGUUCGCGCAGUUGGUGUUACAAAGGGAGCAGCGAUUGAUCGUAUAAUGGGAGAGAUCGUUCACAAUGAAGCCAUCACCACUCCCAUUGAUUAUGUGAUGUGCAUGGGACAUUUUGUAGGAAAGGAUGAGGAUGUGUAUUCCUUUUUUGAGCCCGAACUUCCUUGUGAAGGCAUGGGAGUCAGAGGAUCCAAAAUAAAGCCAGUGUCGAUGCCACCCCACCACCAUGAUACACCGCCCAUAAAUGGUGCAUGGAAUGUGUUGGAUCUCAACAAAGAGAAUUACUUCUCUUGUGCUGUUGGUCGCACUCAUACAAAUGCUCGAUAUCUCAUCAACUCCUCUGAAGAUGUGGUCACCUUCCUAACUGACCUGGCUGCGGCAUCGGCUUCCACCUCACCAUACUUUUAGCGCGGGGUUAAAUCCACAUCCCUUUUCAUGUUAUUUGUACAAUUUUACCCUUAAAAUUUGCCUAUUGUUUAUUUGUAAUAACUUUGUGGAUUUAGCCAAAAGGGAUGUAAUUUAACCACGCCCAUUACAUUAAGACGAAUUUGUGGAAGCUUAAUUAUUGCCAUAUAUGCUGUGUUUUUAUGUUUCCAUUGUGCCAUCAUGUGGUAAAAAUAAUGUCUUAACCUUUUG